AUGGCGCUGCCCGUGCUCCCGAACCCCGCCAACUUUCUGGCCGUAGCACUGGUCAUCAACAGAUCCCGUGAUGGCCCCAACUUCGUCUUUCACUACCCGCCACAAGUCCUGCCUCCCAACGCCAAGCCGCAGAAUCACGAGCCGGCAGACGCUCCUCCCGAUAACGACGACAUAUUGCUUGAGCGCUUAAACCAACCCGCGUCGCUAGACGCAGAUGCCAACACGGACGAAUCCCAGCAAUGGACCGUAGGCGACGACCACCUGAUCACCGAUGAAGGCACACAGAUCGUGCCGUGGGAGCAUGUGGCAGGCUUUCCGACCAAAGACCUCGCCAGCGUCCUGACCCCAGGCAGGGCUUAUCACAAGAAGCUGUUUCAACUUUCUCUCGACCCCUUGUACUGUGUCUCCUAUCCAAUCCACGUACCUGAAAGUGGCAGUUGGAAAAAGAAGAAGAAAAAGAAGGGAAAGCCUGAGAGGGCCAAGUCCGUAAGAACAGAAGAGUCGGCGGUGCUGGUCGAUUACGAUCCGAGCGAGGAAAAUGAGGCGACUCCCAAUGGCGCUGAUGCCUCUCAGGGGGACCCCAAAGAAGAAGAGAAGCCCGAUGAGGCAGAUGACAAGCGAGCCUCCAUGACCAUGUUCAACUUGGUCUUCAUACUCAACCCGAGGAAACACGAAGCCAAAGAGCUAAUAGCCACCUUGUACUUGAACAUCAUCAAGAAGGUGAACAAGGCCUACAAGUACUGGCGCAAGAUGAGCUCCCUGUGGAGCGAGAUAUUGGCGACUUCGUCACUGGCGGCUUCGGUUCAGGACAUCUACGAGGCGGUAUCCCAGAAUAAGAUUGCAGCUCUGCAGCUGGACACGACGAACGGGCCAAUCACCCCGUCCGUACAGAUUCCUGUACCGUUUUAUGUUACGGACUUGCAUCAGAUCGGGCAGAGAGAGAACAGAGGCCUCUGGCUGACGACGGCCAAUUCCUUCAUUGGCGAAGACACCAUUGACGAACCCGGAUUUCUGGACCGCAACUUUGCAUUGCUUCUCAUGGGUGACGAGAAGAAGAUCAUCGCCGAGCUCCAGGCAGAUCCGGACCCUAGCACAGUCGCCAUGGUCGAGUUCGCCCGGCUUUCGAAGCCUACGCAGUCCUUCUAUCAAGUCGGACAAAGUAACAUCCUAACGUUGAGUCAAGUGCGUAAGUACGCCCAGCAUUUCAUCUUUUGGCGUCGCGCCAUCGCGAUACCUCCUUUACAUGCUCGCGACAUAUACAUCAUGUCCCCGAACUGCGACACUCGCAACCUUCCCCGAGCCAGCCUCGAGUGGCAGAGGUCGUUUCCCCUAGCCCCGCCGCUCACCAACUUCCUCGCGGAGUUGUCCUACGCUCCGCGACCAUACAAACAUUUCUGCCCCAGCAAAGCCCACCGCCCGACGUACCUCGCCAUGCUGGCCUGGCUGAUGCGUGGCGCGUGGGUCACGCAGCUCUGCACCUUUGCCUAUGUGGUCGUCUGGCCCGAGAUCAUCUACGAAGUCGAGCACAAGCUCGAGAGCGACGAGCUGCGCAAGGCCGACGAUGCCAGCGCUCUCCUCAGCACCAGCGGCGGCGCUCUCAACGGCCCGAGUCCCCUCGACGUUGUCGACGAGCAGUCCGAUGCCGCCGGGGAAGGCGGCGGCGGUAGCGGUGCCGCCACGAUGGUUGCGCACGUGCCGACCAUGAGCGAGCAGGUGGCGGAGAAGGCGCGGCUGGAGCGCAUCGCGGAGAAGACGCAGCGCGAGGCGGCCGAGAAGGCGACGGCGCACGCGCGCAAGGUGCUGCCGACCGCGACGGACCACCCGUCGACCAACGACGCGCCGCACCUCGCGCGCAUGUCGCCGUACAUCAUUCUCGACGCCAACAAGGCGACGGGCAAGGACUCGCUCUAUCUCUCGGCCAUCGGGAAGCGGUUCAAGGAUCCCAAGGUGGCCAAGGCGUGGCAGGCGUUUUGGAAGUACUUGAACGGGCAGACUGCUCUGGAGAGGAUCGCGUUGCAGGAGGACAUGAAGCGUAAGGAGGCAUGGAAUCUGUUGACGGCGAUGAGUGAGCAUCUCCUAUGCGUGCGGCAUUGGUAG